AGUCGGAGGUGAAAGGUCACGCUGCUGUUUGGCGGCCAUUUCUCUGGAAGCUCCGCGAUUCGCGCCCGUGGGAGUUACGCCAGUCACGAGGGACGGACUACACCUGGGUCGGCGGCGAGUUUCCUGCAUCAUUUGCUUGUAGUCGCGAUGAGUUUGCCUCUCAAUCCCAAACCUUUCCUGAAUGGAUUAACAGGAAAGCCAGUAAUGGUGAAACUUAAGUGGGGAAUGGAGUACAAAGGGUACCUGGUAUCUGUAGAUGGUUAUAUGAACAUGCAGCUUGCAAACACAGAAGAAUACAUAGAUGGAGCAUUGUCUGGACAUUUGGGUGAAGUUUUAAUAAGGUGUAAUAAUGUCCUUUAUAUCAGGGGUGUUGAAGAAGAAGAAGAAGAUGGGGAAAUGAGAGAAUAGCAUCUUUUGUGGGGAAUUUUUUAUAUAUAUAUUUCUAGACAAUAAACAUUUUUUUUUUCAACUUGACUCAUGAACUCUUCCUAUUCAGAUAUUUAAAUGUAGAGCUCAAAUGUUGAAACAGUUGAAAGAUUAUUCGGAAUUAAUACUUUAAGAGCCAUUCAGCUUCAUUCAAGUUGGUUUUCUUUUGUAAGCUCAGUAAUCUUUUUUUCUACAGGAGAAAAUUAUAUGCUUCAUAAACAUUUAUGAAAGUGAAUUUCAGCCCUUUUCUUGUAAUUCUGUAUUAACUGAGACCUUUUAAAAACAACUGUUUCUUUUAAAGUUAUUUCUGAACAACUUUUGACAUGUAUUAAGUUAAAUAUUUUCUUAGAAUUAA